CUUUGAUCUUUUCUAACCCAUCUACCAAUAGGAUGUCUCGACAAUUCCCGAACCCGCGAAAUGAGAAACUAUAAGGAUAAUUUUUCUAGAAAAAUGUUUUUGGAGCAGAAAUAAGUUUCUGAAUGUACUCAUGAUAACCACACUAGUGGAUUUACAUUCACUAAAACUUUGGUAACGUUAUAGUCAAUUUCUGUUAUUUUAAAAAAGCUGCAAAGUCACAAUAAACUAACAUCAGAAGGGGAAAGGUGUCCUAGAAGAUUUUUACGUGAUUGAAUCUCAGAGAAGUUGAAACUGAAUCGUAACGGACGAAAGGGACGAAAAAGACGAGAGAAGAAAACCUGGUUCAUCGAUGAUUACAAAAAAAUCGCAACCUAACAAUCUACAGAGAAAAUGCAGAUUAAAAAGUAUCGAAUCUCAUAUUCUUAAUAAAUCGUUGACACUCGUGAAAAAAUAUUUCCUUGGAUUCAAAAUUUUGCCUGAAUCAAUGGAAACGUAUAAAAUGUUACAAGACGUAUGGACAGUUAAGGAAGUGACGUCUUGUAUCAGUAAGAAAAAAAAUCAAUCAAAAUCUGGCGCAUCGGAAAUUUUAAAAAAUCUACAGCAAAGGAAGAAAGAUGCACAUGAAUUUACACUUAAUUCUAUGCUCGAAGAAUUGGCUACGAUUCACAAUGGGUGUAAUGAUGAAUUUCGCAAAAUCAGUGAACAACAAAAAAGGGCAAUCAUUACCACCUACGAAGAAAUCGAAAUCGUGCAAAUGAAAUUACGUGAAAUUCACGUUACCGAUGUCACCGAAGAAGCUUUCGCUAAUGCUAGUCAACAGGUUGAAUGUUCAGUAUACCAACAUAAACUGGUUCUCGAUCAUUUUUUUGACGCAGUGCAAUCUAUUGAGCAAAAACGGCUCAUAUGUGCGAAACCGUUAAUGAGAAAAUAUUCGAAAAUUUUAUUGGAUAUUUUUUAUUCCUUUCCGGAAGAGAUACAGUAUCGUAUAGAAAAAGAAAUACUGAAUUACAAUCGAAUGGUAUUACAAAAUCAUAGGACUUAUGCAGAUCUAUUUUUGCAAAUCCGUUUACUCUUCGACACUUCGAGAUUCAAAAUGAAACAUUGGAUUGAUGCGUUGAAAUCGGAACGCAAUGAAAUCAUUCGUACGGAUACUUUACAAGUUUUAGAAUUUGAAAAACAAAUACUUAUGGAUGCUGACAUAAUAUUAUUAGACCAGAAGGAGCUUGCAGAAAUUAUACCACAAUUGAGAAUCACGAUUGAAAAGCUGAAUGAAAUAAUAAAGCAGCUGGAUGAAGCAUUAUUUUCCGAAAACAUUUUUUUCGAACAUUUUAAGAAAAUUGAUAAAAUCGUAGCAAGAUUUGACAAAUCUUUUAAGCGUGUUAUCAAAAAGUGCAAUGUUGCUUUACUUAAUAUUUGUAAUUGCUUUGAAAAUCAAGUUGAAAGUUUCAAAUUAGCCAACGUGGAUUCUGAUUAUUACGAACAAGAUAAUCUGGUAGUAGAUGAGAUGUUGCCAAACAUUAGAAAAAAGCAUAAAGAGAUUUUGACAGAAUUGGAGAAUUUACGGUACGAUACUGUGCUAAACAUACAAGAAGCGUUGUUGAACAUUCGAAAAUUUUUUGAAGAUUUUAUUUCACUGCGAACAAAACACGUGUCUAGAGCAACGGAUAUUGAAAAUGAGCUCACAACAGCAGUGGAAAAUGUAAAUAUGAAGUAUGGGAAAGUACAUAAAGAAUUUGAGGUUAAAUUGAACGUAGCUUUGGAAAAUGCAAGACAGGAAUAUAUCGAAACGAAUUUGGAGAAACGUUUGACACAAGUUUAUGAGAUUUUACGUCAAAUAGAAGAAAAAUGGAUAAACGAUUUUCAAGAUAAGCAUUUCCAAAUUAAAAAAUACAAAAAAAUGGCGGAAGAAGAAAUUCCGAUACUAUUAUUAGACAUAGAGAAAUUUGUACUUGAACACUUUGAUGAACAUGAUGUAGAAGAUGCAUCUAAUAAUUAUUUGAAAAAUGAAAAUGCUACAAAAGAUAUUGAAAAUUAUAAUAAGCUAAUUGAUCAGAUUAAUUUGCACUUACUGCACUUUAACGUGUCAAUCGCAGACGGAAUAGCUGCUUUGAUCCAGAAUAUAACGUCAAAUUAUCCCAUUCAUCUGAAGCAAACUUUGAAAUUAAGUGAUCAAUGGGAAAAGGAUGUAUUACAGGAGCAUAAGGAAAAAAUUGAAUCGGAAAUGACGUCUAUUGCUAAUCACCGUAAAAAUAUUCGCUGCGAAGUGUACGAGACACGAAAUCGUGAAAUUCAAAUUCACAAAGAUCGUCUUGAAGAACACACAAUGGGAAUAUAUCAAUUCAUGAAUUCGGUGCCUGAGGAGCUGAAAGCAUUCUUACAGGAGAAAAAAGAAAUGAAUAAAAAUUUUCAAGAAGAAUUUAUUAAAAAUUACACAGAACUUGCUAAAGCCGAAAGCAGGACUUUGAUUAAUCGUUUAAUAAAAAUGAAAAUGGCGACAAUGGAGCAUCACGUAGAUCGUAUGAAAACUGAUUUUACAGAGUAUCGUAAUCAGUUAAUUAAUAAAUGCAUAUGGAUGCGAGAUCAAACGGACUUAUUUGUCAAGAGCAUUUGCUUGUUCAAAGACGGUGGAAAUUUUCAUACGGACGAAGCUAAAGAAUUUCGUAAAGCUUUGUCGGUAUGCGUCAAAUCUAUCGAGCGUCUAGAACGCGAGGCAAAAUCGAAAAUAGACCGAAGUUUCAAAGAAUUAUUGGCAGACAUUGAUAAAAAACGUAACAGUGCGAUCGAGCGUACCAAUGCUAUGAUACAAGAUCGAAAUUUUCAUGCUACCAUAUCAAGUGUGAUAAUGAAAUGCACAAACCUUUUGGAAAACGAAGUAAGUCAUCUAAUUGACAGAGGCACGAAGUUAACGACAGACCUGCUGGGACACAUGGAAAUCUACAAACACAAUGCGAUGAAAAAUUUAUCAGUUAAAAAUAUGUUGAAUACUUGGAAUGAAAUUCUUUAUAGCUUCAAUGAGAGCUUCAGCAUUCUUAGUUUACCAUUUCCCUCUAUGAAAGAAACAGUGUUGUUAGAUGUCCUGAAUAAUUUGAAAGAAUACAGAUCAAGCAUUGAAAAUGAACAGAUCUUAGUGGGAAAUUCUAAAAAAUCAAAACCAUUGACAAAAUACAUUGACUACCGAAAGUUAUUAUUUGAUUCUGAGAAAUCACCCAUCUCAGAAGGAAACUUCUUUUCUUCUAUUAUUAUCAGUAAUUUGUGGAAUACCUUUACUCGCGUGCAAGAUAUGACUAAGAAUUAUUUUUCAUCUUUGGAAAAUCGUGAUAAUACGAAAGAGGACUUUCUGGUGUCAAAUUACAAUGAUUUUAUGGAAAAAAUUUGGUUACGCUUCCGAUCCUAUUUACACCAGUGUCGAAAUAUAUGGAUACAAGAAUUGAAAGAAUUUCUAGAAUUGGCGAAAUUUUUGAAGAAAAAUAUUCUCAAGUGGAUUUUAAACAAUUUUCGCGAAUUCCAUGAGGUCAAUAGUGCAUCUAUCAUUGUGCAAAAGGAACGUGCAUCGGUUGACCUUAAAGAAACUAUCGAUCAUUUUCAAGAAAAGCGCGUAAAACUAGCCAACAGUUUGAAGGUUAUGCACGGUUUUCCCGGUAAUAAAAAUCUUCUCGAAGAUAGAAGCAACGUGAUACAAACUGAAGAACGUCUCAUGUGUGAAAAAGUCAAAACUCUUUUUAACGAGUUCAAGACUGAAUUCGAUAAAACCUACGACAUUUGUCGAACGUCCCUCAUGCAGCUUACGGACGAACUAAGAGGAGUUUUGAAUAAAUUGGAAUUUAUGGAGGCGACUGUAUCUCUGCAAAAUAUGCUGAAGGACAACAUAGCGAUAAUAACAUCAAAAAAGUCUCUCAAAACUUCAGGGCAAAGUUUAACAGUGGACCAAGCUUAUCUAUUGAAUGUACCAAAUAAAAUUAAAAGGCCGAGUAUCAAGGAAUGGCCUAAACAGAAAUCUUCUUUGGUAUCGAAAAAGAAUACUAUAGGCAAUUUUGGUAAAAUAUUUGAAACGCGAUCCAUUCCUACGAAAAAAAUAUCAGUCGGUCGUCCAAUUGAUUUGUCACUGGGAAUCGAUUCUGUUGCAGAAAAUUAUGAGCAAAAGAUUGAAGAAAUUUACAUAUCUGCACUGGAAGAAGCAGAUACUGCUGUAAAACGUUUCCACGAGGAUGGACAAAACUUUUUGAAAAUCUGGAAUCGUUACGCCACAACGGUGACUAAGGUUUACAGCGCGAAUCUUUUCGUGUACAAUAACGAUCUUAUAAAGUCCAUUGAAAUGGACUCUAAUAGAAGUGGAGAUCACCAUUAAAUCUGCUGACAA